AUGACCAAAAAAUACCCAAAAUUCUACGAGUUCGGCCAACUCCGAAACGUUUUGGUCGAGGCUGACGGCUGGUCGGUUGCCUCCAGGGACUGCUGCCACGAGUUGCUGGGACACAUGCCGCUGCUGGCCAACCCCAGCUUCGCCCAGUUCUCGCAGGAGUUGGGGCUGGCCUCGCUGGGCGCCUGCGACCACGACAUCGAGAGGCUAGCUACGCUCUACUUCUUCACGGUGGAGUUCGGCCUGUGCAAGCAGGACGGCGAGAUCCGCGUGUACGGGGCGGGGCUGCUGUCCUCGGUGGCAGAGCUGCGCCACGCGAUCGAGGCCCACGACAAGAUCAAGCGCUUCGACCCAGAGGUCACCUGCCGGGAGGAGUGCAUCAUCACCGCCUACCAGAACGCCUACUACUACACCGACAGCAUCGAGGAGGCCAAGGAGAAGAUGAGGAAGUUCGCCGGGCAGAUCCAGCGACCGUUCGGGGUGCGCUACAACCCCUACACGCAGAGCGUCGAGGUGCUGAGCAACGCGCAGAAGAUCGCGGCCCUCGUCUCGGAGCUGCGCGGGGACCUCUGCAUCGUCAGCAACGCCAUCAGAAAGAUACACGACGUGGACGACUCGGUCGACGUGCACGGCCUGGCCAACAUGCUCGCGAAGGGCAUCCGGGUCGACAGCAGCGAGGAGGGCGAGGACGACCUCGGCGACGAGGACGAGGACAAAGACGAGGGUGGCACCGAGAAGUAGGGGAGGUGUCAGAGGCCUCUGCGACAGCAUCUCCUCGUGUCAUUUACAGCAUUCGAAAGCGCUAUAUUUCUUAAUCAGAAUUGAGUCAUUGAUAAAGAAUAUGGUCAAAUAAUACUUCUAACUUGAUUUAAAAUUUUAUUUUUGGAAUAAUUGUUGAGCUUAAUUAAAAAGGGAAGUUUACAUAAUGAUGAUCAGUUCUUCAAAAUUAAAGGGAAAUCUUACAUAGCAGCAGCUGAGAUAGUACUGUAGUAUAAAUAAAUAUUCUGGCGUUCAUAAUA